UGCUCUUUAUCGUUUUUAUUCACAGUAAUGUUAUAUUAGUGUGUUUCAACAAAUAAUAAUCAGACGACACGGUCGGACAACGCGUUAUACACAAACAUUUGACCACGUUAGCCAACAGUGACUGUGAUCAAUUUAAUAAGAUCAAAGAAAAUAAAUAAAUUGUUGAUAUAAAAAAAAAUGUUUAGGACCCUUAUUUUGUUUUCGUUACUGAGUUACGUGUGUGCAUACAAAAUACUUGUAGUAUUCCCUUACCCGGGCAAAAGUCAUACAAUUCUUGGGAAUGGAUAUGUCAGGCACUUGCUCAAAGCUGGACAUGAGGUCACAUAUAUAACUGCUAUGCCCAUAAAAAAUCCACACAAGAAUCUGCGACAGAUUGAUGUAUCAAGUAACAUAGAGCUGUUUACGUUCUUAGAAGAUUUGGAUCUUAAGAAACAAUUCAACAAAGAAAUCGACUUAAAAGAUGAAAUUGCAAUAUUUGGUUUCGUAAGAAAUACAGCGAAUAACACGUUAUUCAGCGACAAUGUACAGAAGUUCAUACAUGACACCGAAGAACAUUUCGAUGCUGUUAUUGUGGAAUGGUUGUAUACAGAACUUUAUUGUGGAUUUGCAACUGUAUUCGACAGUCCGUUGAUCUGGUCAUCAUCAAUGGACCCUCACAGCAUGGUGCUGUCUCUCAUAGAUGAAGAUCCCAAUCCUGCCUACACCUCAAACCACUUGUCGCAGGAGGACCCACCAUUUAAUUUCUUACAACGAGUAAAGGAACUGUGGACUCUAAUACAUUUGAAGAUUUUAAGAUGGAGGUUAUAUGAUAUUGAUAGUGAAAUCUUUACCAAAGCUUUCUAAUCGGCUGCAGCAAAACGCGGUCGCACUUUACCAUCGCUAUAUGAAGCGCAACAUACCGGAGUGUUGAUGUUAGGUAAUUCUCAUGUAUCAUCAGGGAAGCCUUUGAGACUACCACAAAAUUACAAGCCCAUCGCAGGCUACCACAUGGAUGAUGAAGUUCAACCACUGCCUGAGAAGUUACAAAAAAUUAUGGACAAUGCUAAACACGGCGUCAUAUACUUCAGUCUAGGAUCAAUGGCGAAAAGUAAAACCUUUCCAGAUGUUAUAAAAAGGGACUUAUUAAAAAUGUUUAGCACUUUGAAGCAGACAGUGAUAUGGAAAUUUGAAGAGGUGCUACCAGAUUUACCGAAAAACGUGCACAUUUUAGAAUGGGCACCGCAACAAAGCAUACUAGCUCACCAAAACUGCAUUAUUUUUAUCACACACGGUGGUUUACUAUCCACAACUGAGGCUUUACAUUUUGGUGUGCCACUAAUAGGUAUACCCCUCUUUGCUGAUCAACACGUCAACAUUAAUAGAGCAGUGAACAAAGGUUUCGGUAGACAUGUUCCACUAAGUAGUAAUAUUGUAGAAGAUUUAAAGAGAGCUAUAGAUGAAGUACUAACAAACCCUAUAUAUAGAGAGAAAGUCAGGGAGUUAUCAGUAGUGCACCAUGACAGACCGAUCUCCCCAGGUGCAGAGCUAGUGCAUUGGGUAGAACACGUGGUACGUACCCACGGUGCACCGCACCUCCGCUCACCAGCGUUCGACGUACCCUUCUACCAAAAAUUCUAUCUAGAUCUCGCCGCACUCAUCAUAGCUAUAAUAGUAAUAGUCAAAAUAAUUUUAACCAAACUCCUCAAAUUAUUAAAAAAAUCUGAUCUGAAAAAGAAAAUAAAUUAAUGCAAGUUUU